UUGGCGGGAGUUGCGGCUGCAGUGCGAACUGUACAGCUAUGGAGUCCGCCACGGGGAGCGAGGAGAAUGAAGGAGGCGCGGCGACAGAAGAGUGCGUGAAUAAGAUCCCGGUGCCAAGACCACCCUCCAUUGAGGAGUUCACCAUAGUGAAGCCCAUUAGCCGUGGUGCAUUCGGGAAAGUGUACCUGGGACAGAAAGGCGGCAAGUUGUACGCAGUGAAGGUUGUCAAAAAAGCAGACAUGAUCAAUAAAAAUAUGACGCAUCAGGUACAAGCUGAGAGAGAUGCACUGGCCCUGAGCAAAAGCCCUUUUGUUGUGCACCUGUAUUACUCACUGCAGUCGGCAAGAAAUGUCUACUUGGUUAUGGAAUAUCUCAUUGGUGGAGAUGUCAAGUCUCUCCUACAUAUAUAUGGUUAUUUUGAUGAAGAGAUGGCUAUAAAAUAUAUUUCGGAGGUAGCAUUGGCUUUAGACUACCUGCACAGACAUGGAAUCAUCCAUAGGGAUUUGAAGCCGGACAAUAUGCUUAUCUCCAAUGAGGGCCAUAUUAAGCUGACAGAUUUUGGCCUUUCCAGAGUUACUCUGAAUAGAGACAUCAACAUGAUGGAUAUUCUCACAACACCAUCAAUGGCUAAACCUAAGCAAGAUUACUCAAGAACCCCAGGACAAGUCCUAUCUCUCAUCAGUUCUUUGGGAUUUUUCACACCAGUUGGAGAAAAAGAUCAAGAGUCUGCAAACAGGUUUUCAGUCCCUAAAUCUGAAGCACAACUUUCUCGAGGAUUAACAUGUCCUGUGUCUGUAGAUCAGAAAGAGCCUACUUCUUAUUCUAGCAAGUGUCUAAAAUCAUGUCUUGAAACACUUGCAUCCAAUCCAGAAAUACCUGCUAAAUGUCUGACUUCUAAUCUCCUCCAGUGUAGGAAAAGGCUGGGCACAUCCAGUACUAAUAGUCAGUCUCAGACCUUCGUAUCCAGUGUGGAGUCAGAGUGCCACAGCAGCCCCAAAUGGGAAAAAGACUGCCAGGAAAGUACCAAGUCAUCAGGCUGGAGUGCAGUUGAAAUGCUAUAUGCAAAAUCUACAAAUGCCAUCGAGACAAAAAGAGAUCUUGAGUUAGCACUUUCUCCCAUCCAUGACAGCAGUGCCGUUCCUGCCCCCGGAAGCAGCCGCGUGAACCUCCCUAGAAGAUGCUUCUCUGGGGAAGUCCCUUGGGAAGCAAGAGAACUGGGUGUGAAUAAUGAGGUCAUGGCCGUUGACAUGAGACAAUCUGGUGGUUCCCAGCAGUCCAGGCGGUGGGUUGUAAAUUCUAGCGGUACGUCUGAGGAGCAACUUGGUAAAAGAAAUUUUAAAAGAAAUUUCCAAUUGGUUGAUUCCAGUCCUUGUCAGGAAAUUAUACAAAGUAAAAAAAACUGUGUAGAGUGUGGGCACAGUAAGGAAAGUAUAUGUUGCUAUACAAAUCAAAACACCGGCAUGACAGCCGAAGUCCAGAAUCUUAAGCUGUCAGUUGGUGGAAGUCAGCAAAAUGACUAUGCUAAUAAGGAGAACGUUGUCACCUACUUAACUGAUAAACAUACCCCAGAAGAACUGCAUAUUCCAGUGAUAGCAAAAAACCUUAUGGCUGAACUAGAUGAAGACUGUGAGAUGACUAGUAAAAGAGACUGUCUAAAUCCUAACUCUGUGUAUUCUGAUGAAGACGGAGCUUCUAAAACUGUCUGUGUGGAUUCAGACUCAUCUUUUCCUGGAGUUUCUAUGAUGGAAAGUUCGCUGGAAAUUCAGGCCUUAGAACCAGAUAAAAGCAUCAAAGAAUACUCUUUUGAAGAAUCAAAUAAUGAAGAUGUACUUGUAUUACCAAAGUGCCAAGAAAAUGACUGGCACACUUCUUCUAUCCAAGACAGCAGCCAAAUGUUAGCUCCUCCUUCAAAGGCUUUCAAAACAUUAACCUCUAAAACAAAUGUUGUAGCUUUUCGAAGCUUUAACAGUCAUAUUAAUGCAUCCAGUAACUCAGAACCAUCCAAGAUGAGCAUAACUUCUUUAGAUGCUAUGGACAUUUCCUGUGACUACAAUGGCUCGUAUCCCAUGGCUGUGACCCCUACUCAGAAAGGAAGGUCCUCUAUGUCACAGCAGACUCCAAAUCAGGUCAAAUUGGGAACGUCAUACAGAACUCCAAAGAGUGUGAGAAGAGGGGCAGCCCCAGUGGAUGAUGGACGAAUUCUAGGAACUCCAGAUUACCUGGCACCUGAGCUUUUACUCGGUACAGCCCAUGGUCCUGCAGUAGACUGGUGGGCACUUGGAGUUUGCUUGUUUGAAUUCCUAACAGGAAUCCCCCCUUUCAAUGAUGAAACUCCACAACAAGUAUUCCAGAAUAUUUUAAAAAGAGACAUCCCUUGGCCAGAAGGUGACGAAAAGUUAUCUGAUAACGCCCAAGGCGCAAUAGACAUACUCUUAACCAUUGAUGACACGAAGAGAGCUGGAAUGAAAGAGCUGAAGCGUCAUCCUCUCUUCAGUGAAGUAGACUGGGAAAAUGUGCAGCAUCAAACUAUGCCUUUCAUACCCCAACCAGACAACGAGACAGAUACAUCCUAUUUCGAAGCCAGGAAUAAUGCUCAGCAUCUGACUAUAUCCGGGUUUAGUCUGUAGCACAUAUGUGUCGCUUAUAUCUACCCUUGUGAUAUAUAAUUAAGUUUUACAAUAGUAUGUUUCUUAAUGCUAGGUUGGUCUAAAUGUCAUUAUUUUACCCAGGCUAAUGAGCUUUUAAUUACUGAAUUCAACAGCUUUCACUGAGUUAAAAUACUCUAAGAAAUAUAAUCAGUAAUUUACCUUUACCUUAGAACUGUAUAUAAGUCACACACGCUUUUUCAUCUUGCUAUCUUAUUUAUUCACUGCACUUUAUGAAGACCAACUUACCAAUAAACUAAAACAACACUACCACUCUAACUAGAGGGAAUGAGCCAUAAGCUUAUCUGUGUCUGCUGAUGUCAGAGUGCUAUUCACUUUGGUGUUACCAU